AUGACCAGGAUGAAUUUUGAUAAGAUUGUAUUUUUUUCAGUGGUGAUAAUUAUGUGGGUAUUAGCUGUAUUGGGUCUGAUAGCGUAUACAGUUAAUGGUGAUACUGCGUUAGAACUAAAAGAACUACAAGAAGAAUUUUUUCAAUGGAAACUAAAAGAAUCUCCAUUGUUUGCUACAACUAUUGGAGAAUACAAAUAUGACGAUAUUGUCCAAGAUCUGAGUUUAGCUCAUCUUGAUCAACGAAAGGUUAUAGUGGAUGGUUUUAUAGAAAAGUUAAAGAGAAUAGACAGAACAUUACUACCAAGAAAAACUAGAUAUAGCUAUGAUAUAUUCCUGGAUACAUUACAGACGUUUGUGGAUGGAUAUAAGUGGAAGUACCAUGGUAAUCUGAAUCCUAUGUCAUCUUUAGAAGGAUUUCAGACAGAUCCUAGUCUCAUUCUAAAAAUAUCUCCAUUUAAUACCAAAGGAGAUUUUGAAAAUUUUAUUUCACGACUACUUUUAUAUCCAAAACAGAUUGAUCAAGUGAUAAUAAGAUUUAGUGAAGCUAUAACAUUAAAAAAUACUUUACACAAUGUUUCUAUAAUCGCAGUACCAGAUCAACUAGCUAAACUUAUUGUUGAUGAUCCUAAAAAAUCCAUUUAUUUUGCACCAUUCAAAGAUCAAGUACACAAAUUGGAUGUUAAGAACGCUACCCAAGAUGAAUUAAUAAAGAGAGGUGCAGAAGCCAUUAAACUAUAUAUUGAAUCUAUCAGUAAAUUGAAGAAAUUUCUAGAAACAAAAUAUAUUCCUAACACAAGACAGUCGUACGGUGUAGAUGGAUGGCGAGAUGGUCAGGAUUAUUACAAGGCCUGUUUAAAAUGGCAUCUUACUACGGAUAUGACACCUAGAGAAGUUCAUCAGAAAGGACUGGAAGAGGUCAAAAGAAUCAAGGAAGAAAUGUUUAAGAUUAUGAAAGAAAAAGAAGGUAUAACAGACAGUAUAGCCGGGUUUUCAAAAAUAUUGAUGAAUAGACCAUCUCUUAAAUUCAAUACUGCGGAUGAAUUAUUAGCUGAAUACAAUAAGUUAAUACAUGAUGUAAUAUAUCCUAAACUACCAGAAUAUUUUAAAGAUAUUCCUGAUUAUAAAGUUAUAGUGGAGCCAGAGAAAUACGAUGGACCAGCUGGACAAUAUUUUAUAGGAACAGAAGAUGGUAGUAGACCUGGUAUAUUUCAAGUUAAUCUACUCAGACCGAAUGAAACGUAUGUUAGGUUCUUUACAAUUAUUUGA